AUGGUCAAGAGAAAGGCCAAAGAUGUUGGAGAUGAAGUUCAUAUAGAGCCUCGGAGAUCAAGUCGACAAAAAGUAAACAAUACUGCGAGCUUGAAAGAAAAGAAUACAACUUCAUCAACUUCGUAUUCCUCGGCACAGAAUACCAAGAAGGAGAUCAAAACGGAGACGGCAAAUAGAGAUUCUCAACAAGAAGCAAAUGUUGAUGGAGGAGUUACUGCACCAAAAACGACUGUUAGUUCUACCAAAUCCACCAAAUCUACUACAACAGAAAUCCUCUCGGCCAAAUCCUCAUCAACUCGUCAAUAUUGGCUAAUGAAAGCCGAACCUGAAUCACGUAUCGAAAAAGGUCAUGAUAUUAAAUUCUCCAUCGAUGAUUUGGCAGCUAAAACUGAACCAGAGCCUUGGGAUGGAAUACGAGCAUAUCCAGCACGCAACAAUCUUCGUGCGAUGAAAAAGGGAGAUUUGGCCUUCUUUUAUCAUUCAUCAUGCAAAGUUCCUGCAAUUGUUGGAAUCAUGGAGAUCGUUGAAGAACAUUCUCCGGAUCUCUCAGCGCAUGAUCCUAAGGCUCCGUACUACGAUCCUAAAUCGUCACCGGAUGAUCCCAAGUGGAGUGUCGUACACGUCGAAUUUCGCCAGAAACUAAAAACACCUAUCACGCUCAAGGAAAUUAAAGCUUGGUUUGAAGAAAAGGGAAACGCAUUGAAUAAUAUGCAAAUGUUGAAGCUGGCACGAUUGAGUGUAAGCAAAGUAAGUAGUGAUGAGUGGAGAUUCCUUGUAGGUGAAAUGGAGAAGAAUGGGGAUGUGAUUAAGGAAUAG